AAAUAGCUGGAGACCCAUCUUGAAGACCAGGAAGCCAAGCACAGUUCUGAGCAGCGUUCGUUGCGGAACGUCGACCGCACGGUCAAAGACCUGCAGUCCCAGAUUGAACGCCGUGAUAAGAUGAACUCCCAGCUGAAUGACGACGUUAGCAAAGCCCGCGACAAGAUCGAGCGGCUUCUUCGAAACAUUGAGGAGCUUCAACAUGCCGACUCGGAGACGCAGCUGCAAGUGCGCCGAGCAGAGCGAGAACUCCGGGAAGAGCGGGAGAAGUCUCUCAGGUUGGAGCGUGAACUAGAGGGAUGGCGAGCGCUCCGUGUUGAGAGGGGCAGCGUCCUCGGACGUAGCCACGUCGGCGCUUUCAGUGACGCCGGAAGCAGGAGAGGGAGCAGCGUGUACGGAGCAGGCGAUAUACCGCAGCGGAUGCCUAGCAACACCAAAGGCUUCUUGUAAGACUAUGACGACCUAGCAGGUUGACCCUGCUGAGCACAUUGCUCUAACUACACUCAGGCGCUAAACAUUCAUUUAGGGCCUGAG